CACGUAACUCAAAGUAAAGAACAACGUGGGAAUGUUCUGACGAUGUCAAGUGUUAAAGCCAAAAACAAGUCUUAUUAAAAAAGGUUUUCUCAAGGUAGGAGAAUUUUGCAACAAUGGGACAAGGUAGAGAAGUUAAGACGAGACCAGAUCCUCAAGUUGAGAUUCAGGAAAGAGGAGAAAUAUUCUUCUUUUAUAGGCCGAAGGUUAACAAAGAUGAAGCUCACAGUGUGGACGAUGUUCAAAGGUUAUACAUAGUGAUGCGUCCUGAGUCCGGUGAGAAUCCCACCCAGGAGAAACAAGACCCUCUUUCAGGUAAAGAAGGUUCCUAUAAAGAUUCCGGUGACGGAGAUGCGAGUAGUAGCUCCUCCGGCGCCAAGAACCAAGGUGAAGGAGGACACGGUGUCGAGAAAGUGAACAUCGAGGAACAGCUUCUGCUACGAUUCAUUGUGAUGGGUAAGAAAAGUCUUCCUGAUCCAAGCAAGAAAUCGCAACAUUUUUGGGGUUUCGUGGAGAUGGUGACGACCAAUGUUGAAGAUGUUAAAACUGCUCUCAAAGGAGACGAGUAUGAGACCAAGACUCGAGGACAUAGACACAAACCGCCGGCGAGAGCUGUUGGAGAAGGAAUAUACAGAAUUCUCCGACAUAAACCUAGUCCGACUAGAAAGCACCACACACAUCUUGUCUACAAACUCGAAUUCCCAUCGGAUUUGCAGACCAGAGCACACGAGCCACAAGAGUCGAUGAACAUUGAGCCCGAAGGAUCCUUCUUGAUUCAAAUACGAAAUCCAGAGCAAGGAGGAGGAGGUAGGUCAGGGUUUGGUGGGCUGCAGAGAAAGAGGAAGGCCCAGUUCCCGGCCCAUCUUCAAGCUCAUUUAGGUCAUACCCGGUUUGAUCCAGCCGACCCGCCCGAUUUCCUGAAUUAUGAAGGAUGUGAGUUGUUACUGAUCUCUGCUUCCGACGAUAUAGAGGAAGAGUUAGGGAUGGAGUUGGAGCCUGAGGGUGACGGUGAUGAAUCGACAUGCGAUCUUUUGAAGACUUUCGGGGAUGAUGUUAAAGCUACUCCGCUGCUUCGCGGUACAUGGGAGUAAUGGCGGAUGCUCACUAGUCACUAAUAUUUUAACUAGAUGAUAGCUACUAGCUAGUGUUUAAAGUAUGGACGGCUUUAUGUGGUUAUAUUGUCUUUCUCGGGUAAAAUGAUGAUGUAUUCUCUUGGUGUCAAGUUCUGUGUAAAUCUGUCUACCCUUUUUGAAAAAAGUUACUCAAAAUUUUGGUUUGUAACAUGUCACUG